ACCACUUCUCACACACAACCCCUCUUGGAGGCAGAAGCCGGCGAAUGAUAUUCGCUGCGGUUUUGAGAGGAAAAAUACAUCUUUUUUUAUCAACCCCCAAAUAAUUUUCCAUAUCACUAUCCACAGUGAAGAGGUACUUUGUUUUAUCCGUUGCUCGGCUUUGCAUUCCCAUUCAUUGCAGCAGUGAAGGAGCUAUUUUAUGGUGAAUGGGUGAAGAUCUCUUUCUCCUUUUGUCUGCUCUUCAACUUGUUUCUCCCCUUAAAACAACAGGAGGUUUCAAUUCUGUUUUUCCGGGUUAGACCCACACGGAAUGAAUGACAAAGUCAAAGGAGGUUGAUGUCCACAACUCCCCGGCUCACCUCCUCUUCGCCUCGCCCAAGGAACGGAGGCUUCACCUCCGGCAGAAGAUGGAAAGCGGAGGCGGAAGGGAGAGCUCGGACAGCGGGCUGGCGCAGCACGCGGUGGCCGAGCAACAGCACCCCCGAUCGGACAACACGGAGCUGCCUGCAAUACUGUUAGCUCAGGGGGGAAAGAAGAAAAUAAAUCGUGCUCCGUCACCGGCCAGACCGAAGGAUGGACCAGGGUGGUCCCUCACGAAGGUCCGAGGUGGCAUUGGAGCCUCCAGCCUGAGUGUGAAGCCGGGUGCCAUCCACUUGGGGAGCCGUGUAUCCAGACGGAGCCCCACCGGAACCUUGAGUGGAAAAGACGGUAAAGCCGAUAAAAGUGGUGGGAAAUCAACAGGAAAGUCUUCACUCUCCACCACGGCUAAAAGUACCGCGACCAAGAUGGCUAAAACUAUCAGCGGAGUACGGAGGAGGGUGUCGGACGCCAGCAUUGGAUCGGAUGACCUGUCCAAAGACUCUGGUUGCGCCCCCGGGAAGCUUUCCCCCACCGACAGCAGCUCAGAACUGUCAGAUUGUCCCUCCGAAGAGCACAAACUCUCCACGGACGCCCCAAGCAGUGACACCGAGUCGAGGAGCAGCCGAGGCGGCGAAUGGAACGGAACCAACCAAAAACAAUCCUCAGCUAAAAGCUCCACGGAGAGGGCCGACAAGGACCGACCUCCUAUGGGUGUCGAAGCCGGCGAUGAGAGCACAUACCCUGUAGAGGAACGCUCGGUCACCUCGGUGGACAGCCGGAUGCCAGCUAGCACAUCUUUGGCCUUCUCUGACCUCACCGAGGAGUUUGUGGACAGCAUGCAUGAGGAGUUUGUGAGGGAGAUAGAAGAGCUCAGAUCUGAAAAUGACUACCUCAAAGAUGAGAUGGAGGAGUUGAGAUCGGAGAUGCUGGAGAUGAGAGAUAUGUACAUGGAGGAAGAUGUCUACCAACUGCAGGAACUACGGCAACAGUUGGAGCAGGCGAACAAGACCUGCCGCAUCCUUCAGUACCGGCUGAGGAAGGCAGAGCGUCGCUCUCUUCGAGUGGCCCAAACAGGGCAAGUGGAUGGAGAACUGAUCCGAACGCUGGAGCAAGAUGUCAAAGUGGCCAAAGAUGUAUCCAUCCGUCUCCACAGUCAGCUCGACGGUGGAGAGAAGAAGAGAGCUCGUCUGGAGGAGGAGAAUGAGGAGCUCCGAGUCAGACUCCAGGACUUGGAGGUGGCCAAACAGGUGCUGCAGCAGGAGAUUGACAAGAACUCCCAGAAGAAAAGAGGAGCUCGACCAACCAAUAACAAACCCGACAAGAAGGUCUGUCCACAGCAGGAGGACAGCUCAGACCUGAAAUGUCAACUCCAUUUUGCUAAAGAGGAAUCGGCCCUCAUGUGCAAGAAGCUGACCAAGCUGGUGAAGGACAGCGAUGCCAUGAAGGAAGAACUGGCCAAAUACAGGUCCUUGUAUGGGGACGUGGAUGCCUCCAUCACUGUGGAGGAGGUCGCUGACUCCCCCCACACUCGUGAGGCAGAGGUCAGAGUUCACCUGAAGCUGGUAGAAGAAGAAGCUAACCUGCUGAGUCGACGCAUCGUGGAGCUGGAGGUGGAGAACAGGGGCCUCCGAGCUGAGAUGGAUGACAUGAAAGGGCCACAAGAUGGGUCUCAAGAACUUAAUAGUGCUAGUGGUGGUCCAGGAUCAGCCCCAUUUGUCGGUGGAGGCUCUUCAUCAUCUGAAAACAUCAUGGAACUCCAGAGGCACCUCCAGUUUGUGGAGGAGGAGGCGGAGCUUCUCAGGAGGUCCCUGAUUGAGAUGGAGGAACAGAACAAGCUCUUGAUGAAUGAAAUCAAUCGCUAUAAAUCUGAACUGCCUCCACCGACAGCAUCCCUAUCUUCCAACUCUGUGGUGGUGUCGCUGUCGGAGAGACUGCUGCACGACGGAGUGCUUCACUCCUCCGUGCAAGGGGAGGGAGCCGUGCUCAUCAGCCCAGAUGUUUCUCCCCAGCAGGAGGAACUCAGAGUAGCCCAGCUUCAGAUCGGAGAACUAAGCGGAAAGGUGAAAAAGCUGCAGUACGAGAACAGAGUGCUGCUGUCCAACUUGCAGCGUUGUGACCUGGCUUCCUACCAAACGCCUUCCUCGUCCUCGUCAUCCUUAAGAGUGUCACUGGAGACGGAUGCAGAGGCUGGAGACUCAGCAGAGUGUCUCCCCACCAGUCCACCACAUCGCAAAGAGCCACUCGGGGUCGAGAAUGACUCGCGGCAUGACUCGGAGCACAGAAACAACAUUUCUGAAACAAAAAGCUCACCAUUCAGCCUCCUUGGGCUAAAGGACCAUGAUGCUUUGCUCAUAAUGAGGGACCAGGCUCGCUUGGUUUCCACUGCGAUACAGCUCCUUACUGCCCCGGAGUCCAACUGCCUGCCAUCCUCGCCAUCCAUCUAUCACAAGGCAGCAGAGUCAUGUGACCUGGAGAAACCUCAACCUCACUGCCAGAUCUCAGAGCUUUCUGACUUGGCAGACCGGCCUCUUGUUGGGGCUCUGACCAGCAGGCUCCAAGCCCUCCACAGCCAGCUGCAGGUCUUUGUGGAGCGUGUAGACAGUUUUGGUAAAUCCUCACUUGCUGUAGGUGAGGGCCAGCCUCCCUCGACCUCACCUGCCAAUCUCUCACCUUCCUCUAAAGACGAGCACGUUGCACCGAAGACUGCAGCUGAGAAGCAGCAACCUGAUUGUAGGGACCAGUCGCAGCCCGAGGUCAAAGGUGAAGGAGAGAAGAAAGGCCAUAGAGACGAUAGCAAUGCGACAGGAAACAAGUACACAGAGACAGGAGAUGAUGCACUGCCCGUUCAGUCUGGUGAUCCACAUGCUGACUUGAACGAUGAUGAGAUGGAGAAGGAGAGGAAGGCCCAGAGAGAAAUCACACGCAGACUAUCACAGCUCCAGGAGGAGCAGCAGAAGGCUCUGCUCCGUCGGGACUUCCAGCUGCAGAGUUUGGGCCUGCAGGCUCGGCUCCAGCAGAAGUUGUGGGGCCAAGAGAGGACCCUCCUGGUGCAGGAGUCUCAGCACCUCAAACAAGCUCUGCUCCUGCUCAGCCUCAAACUACGUUGCUUCCUUAAACACUGGAGGCUGGGCUGCAAGAAGGACGCAGAGUGGAAAGACAUACUGGAGAUAAACAACCUGAAGGACCUCUACCUUUUACUGGGGGAAGACAACCUGACAAGCCCUGCACAUCUAACUGAGGAAAAGGCUGACACAGAUGAACACGCGCUUGGUCCGGCAAUCAAGUUGAGCACUGUGAGCAGCACCCUGGCAGAACUGAAGGUGGCACUGCAGGAUCUGAGCAGCGAGCUGCGCCAGGAGCGACAAGGCUCCCAGGAGCUAACACAGCAGUUUGCCAAGGCCAAGGCAUCAUGGGAAGUGGAGAGGACGGAACUCAAGAGCCUCAUCACUCAGCUUGAGACCAAAGCAGGCAAAGCUGCGGCUGUGUCCUUGGCUGAUGCAGUGGAGCCGCCUGACCUGAAAGUGGCGCUCAAGAGGGAGCGGGAAGAACACCAACACCUUCUGGCUGAGUCCUAUGCAGCUGUGAUGGACCUGACCAAGCAGCUUCAAAUUGGCGAGAGGAACUGGGGCAGGGAGAAGUUGGAGCUGCUAGAGAGGUUCAGCCAGGAGAGAACUCAGUUGGAGCAGAGGCUGAGAGAGGCUAAGUCAAAGUCAAGGGUGGAGUCUUCUGUAGACACCUUUGUCACCAGUGGAACAAGGACCAAAUCCACAGCACCACUGGACAACCCAGACAAUUUAGCAGCCCUGCCUCCUUUCAUUGGUACACAGUUGAGUGACUGCAACAAGAAGAACUGGACCUAUCUGAAUAAUGAGUCACCAGAGGUCAGCAGUACCUGCAAGACCUGGGAUGGACCCAGCGCUAGCAGCUCCUGCACCAACUUAGCGCGAUCAGGACUGGAUCUGGAGUCCGUCCAGAGGAGCCAUACCGCUCCAGAAAGCACCGGAAUCCGGAUUUACUACAGCCCCCCCGCUGUCCGCCGCAUGGAACACCAGAGAAGAACACAGGAGGCCGAAAAGCUGCAAGAGAGAACGAAGAGAACGUCCACCUUGAGUGUCUCUGAGGCGGGCCUGGCUGACCUCCAGCAGCCCUCAUCCUCCUUUUCCUCCUCUUACGAGCAGUGGUUGAGCUCGCUAUCCAAACAGCACAGAGAGAUCCUGGAGAGCAGGAGUGGAUGCACCACCUUGUCUGUCGGUGCCACUGUGGUAAACAACGGUGUUGCAUCCCCUGCUGCUAACGGCUUGUCUGAUGGGAUGACCUCGUCGCCGUUUCACAGCCUGGAAAUGGGGGAGAUUUCUGCUAACUUGAGUGACGACAUGAAAGAGAUGACCAACUGUGUACGGCAGGCCAUUCGCUCUUCAUCUCUGGAGAGAACAUCCAGCAGAGAACCAGUGGUCGGCUUGUCCAGCAGGUCCACGCAGACCGCCACUCAGUGUGUCAGCAUCGGGCUUCAAACUGACACCCUCCCCAGCAGCAGAGGCACAGGUUUGCACUCCAAAGCCUGGUCCCCUCGACCGUCAUCUGCAACCACAUUGCCAUUAGCGUCAGCCCGAACUCGACAGAUUUCGACAUCUCUGGAUAAAGUUCACAGCCGAAUUGACAGGCCCUGUUGUUCACCCAAAUUUGGCUCUCCGAAGCUCCAACGCCGUGUGUCCUCUGGCUCCACCUCCAGACUGGAUGGUGCUCCUCCAUCCAGAGACCGCAGCCUGUGGAGCCUCCAGCAGAGAGCCAUCAGUGGAAGCGGAGGCUCAGCCUGGGCUCGCUCAACCACCACCAGGGACAGCCCUGUGCUCAGCGGCCUCACUGACGGCCUCUCCAGCCUAUUCAGCGUGGUGGAACAUGCUGGAAGCACAGAGUCACUCUGGAGGGGUGAUGGAGGUGCAAGUCCAGCACGACAUCCUCACGCUGCAGGAAAACCCACAUCCGUCUGCAGCUCUGACACUCAGCGCUAUGGAGGCCUGGUGCAGGAGUUCUUCAAGAAUGUGUGCAACAGCAGCAGCCGUAAGGAGGGCGUUACCCUGCAAGGAGAGAGGAUGCAAAGAGAUGCCCUCGUUGUCGGAGACUUCAACUGCGUGGAUGAGCCCAAGUCGGAAUGUCUGCCGCCUGGGGUGGGAGGUCUCGGAGCCUUAGCUGGACUUUGCGGCAGCAACGACAAUGUGACCAGGAUUUUUAACAAGAGGUUCAUGAGACAGACGGCGGGGGACGAGAUGGUCAGUAUCAUGGGAGGAGGGAAGGAUGUGGCGGGAAAUCACAGCACAGCAGGAUAUGGAACUGAGGAUGGACCCUGUGACUGCAUCGUUCAGUCCUCUUGUCUCGGCAGACCUUCUCGAGGCUCUCGCAACUCACUGGGACAGUGCAAACACCGCACGCACGAGUCCUCGCCCUCCGUCGAGGAGAAGGGAGACAUUUUGACAGAGUGACACACUUCUUUCUACACAACAUAUUCUGUCAAACAGUGCACACCACUGCCCUCACACAUUCCCUCCCAUCACUUAAUGUAACCUGCCGCAUACAUGCACUGCCAAACAUAAUACACAUUGCUAUUACAGACAUACAGUACCAGCAGUCACACUUUAUGAAAGAAAAGACCACUAUGGACCUACUAUAUCACCUCUCAACCCUCACUAUUCCACCUUUUACUAUUUUAUUUAUGUCAUUUAAGACCACUGAUAGGUGGAGCUAAAUAAAAAGAAUGUUGUUCUCCGCAUGCGCUGCUCUGCAUGCAGUAAAAGCGCAGACAAGACCUUUGUAGAAUCCUGCAAGCAACAUUAUUGUAUGCACUUAGCUGGUGCUGUACCCCAUCGACAAGACUAUUAGGGUGCGUUCACAUUGGUCAUGUCUGGUUAGGUUAAAAGGAUCUCUGGUGCCAUGAUUGCCAUAACAAACUGCUUGUAAGUAACCUCUGGUGUGGUUCGAUUCACUUGAGCUCAAAUUUGAGCACUAGAUGAACCAAAGACACAGACCUUUGUUGAAAUUACAUCAAAGAGCUUUCAGAAAUGACAAAUAUGUAAGAGAAAAUGCGCUGGAUGUGCUGGCUCUCUGCUCUGCUCUCCCCCUCGGUGUGUCUGACAGUAAAGCUCUUUAGAGGUAUAUUUUAGAAGCUUUUCAUGAAAUUGAAGCAUGCAAAAAGAGCAGAAUAUAAAAGUAACCUACGCAUUCAACCCAGCAACCAGUUACAUAUGCCACAAAAGCUGCCCAAUCAAGUCCUCACUUUAUGCAUACAUUCUUUGGUACCAUGACAAAAUUCCCAGUGUGAAUGCUAAGCGAACCGCGUCAAAGUGUGCGCUAAGUAUCUUUUUGUACAUUUUUGGUCCCUACCUGUUUACCGAACCACAUGUGUGAAUGCAGCCUUAAUUGACAUUUGUGAGACUUUGAAUACAAGUCAAAUAAGGCUUUAUUAAAUGGCUCCAAAUAUGGGGACCACUGUGUGACAUGUCUUUGUACAUGUAAGCAGAACGGCAUCAGCUGUAAGCCCUCAGUUUGCAUUCUUAUUUAUGUGACCACAGGUAAAAACCAAAAAAAGUGCCUGUUUUAUUUCUUCGCUGAUGUCAAGCAGUGAUAAGCUAAUUGAAUAACCCCUCUCCUUGCCAAUAGUGGAUGUGUUGGGUCUCUCUAUAAACAAAGUGCUACUCCUAUAACUGCUGUAGUGGGCUGCAUUGGUAAUAGAAACCAGAUGGGUUUUUUCCAAGAUGUCAGACAACUUCCUUCUAAAAUUCAGUCUAAUGUUUUUCAAUUAAUGCUGCAAAUUCAUCUUGAUUGCCACUCACCAGAAGUAAUAUCCUCUUGAGACACAACUUUGUUUUUGAGAGUUAAAUCUUUUUUUUUAUGCCUUUGCAGUGGGCAGCAGUAUCUAGUUCCAUUUUAAUUAUUUCAUCUAUCAUCUUUUAUGCUGUUAUGAUGUCAAGAAAAAAGACUAUAUAAAUCAAACAUUUUACAGUUAUAUCUUAAAACUAGACAUGAAAAAAAAACCUUCAGUGUGGACUUUUCUUUGUUUCAUGCCACACGCUUUCAGUCAUGUUAUGAAUGAUACUGUAAGAAGGGUUACACACAUGCAUUUCUGCAUUGUGAUGCAUUUGUUGCAUCAACCACCAUCACCAUUUUAUAUGAAAAAUUAAUACAGUUGGCGUACGUCGAAAGGCGGAUUGGUGUGACGUCUGCAGUGAUGCGGACUCUACUUCGGUCCGUUGUGGUGAAGAGGGAGCUGAGCCUGAAGGCAAAGCUCUCAAUUUACCGGUCGAUCUACGUUCCUGUCCUCACCUAUGGUCAUGAGCUUUGGGUAGCGACUGAAAGGACAAGAUUGGGGUACAAGCAGCCAAAAUGAGUUUUCUACGUAGGGUGGCUGGGCUCUCCCUUAAAGCUAAGGUGAGAAGCACUGUCAUCUGGAAGAAGCUUGGAGGAGAAUCGUUGCUCCUCCUGAGGUGGCUUGGGCAUCUGGUCAGGAUGCCCCCUGGACGCCUCCCAGGGGAGGUGUUCAGGGCACGUCCAACCAGUAGGAGGCCUCGGGGAAAACCCAGGAUACGUUGGGGAGACUAUGUCUCUCAACUGGCCUGGGAACGCCUCAGGAUCCGCCGGGAGGAGCUGCACGAAGUGGCCGGGGACAGGGAAGUCUGUGCUUCCCUGCUUAGGCUGCUGCCCCCGGAACCCACCUCGGAUAAGCGGAAGAAGAUGGAUGGUUGGCAUAAGUCCACAUGUCCAGCACAGAGGACACUGGUAAAAUGUGUUGCUUUCAGUAUCGUAAAAAUGACUACAUGUUGCCAAACCACCUCAUACUAUCAAUUAAACACGACUUUCUACUUGUAAAAACCAAAUAAGUGGAUAAAUGUAAUAACACUGCCCAUAACACAUGCUGACAGUGCUGCCAACUUGGUGACUUUGUUGCUAAAUCUGAAGACAUUCCAAACCCUCUUGAUAACAUAUUUCCUCAAAAGAGACUAGCAACAAAUCCAGCGACUUUUUCUGGCAGGGUUGGAGAGUUUUCUGGUAUUUGGGGACUUAAAAGUGAAAGCAUCUAUUGAGCUGCACUUUUUGUUCUCACUGAGCAGUAGCUGGUGCUGCUCAGAGGUCUUCCCCGCCCCAGAGCACUCACAAGCCGUUAGUCAGCUACCGCGGCACACUGAGAGCAUAGUGGAGCUCCACACAUCCAUGAAUCACGCAUGCGAGAGGUGCGAUGACCCCGGGUUGGAUCUCGCCCUGUUGUAGAGAGCGGGUCUAGAGGCGAGUCCAGAUGUAAUUAUUACACUUAAAAUUAUUCUUAAGUUAUUUUUAUUAUUUUUAUUUUGAUGAAGUGAUGGCCAAUUUUAAAUGAACAAAUCAAGAAUCAAGUUUAUUUGUAGUUCUAGUCAUAAUUAAGAUGUUGUUACUCACUCUGUGGUCUCUCCUAGAGGUUAUUCUUUUUUCCUACAGCAUAUGUUACAUUAUAUACAAAUAAUGCAAAUAAUAUGCAAAUCAGCCAAUGGCAUAAUCUAGCAACUUCUAGGACAGCUAAUAGCAAUUUUUCUUACUGAGGAGUUGGCAACAGUGCAUGCUGGUUGGUCUGGCAGCCAUUUUGAGAUGGUAUAAAAAGUAUUUCACUGGACAAAUCCCAACCCCAACAAAGCCCAGAAUGCACGGCAUUUUAUAUUCUUUUAGGAGGUUUUGUAUAUGAAAUCAGGCUGUAAAAUGUCUGUCCCUUACAGAGGACAAAAAUUAAUUGCUGGGUCUCAGGAGGAUAUCUUUCUAGUUUAACUCUGAAACCAGUAAAAAUAUACUAGUUUUAAGAACAGAGGUUGUCUGACUUUAUUGAAAAUUGCUCUCCAUUCCUGUUAUUUACUUAUUUAUUCAUUUUUUUAGGGUGCUUUCACACUUAUAGGGUGUACUCUGCAAAGCAAGUCUAGUGGGUUAGCGAGCUGUGUUGCGUCGAAAGCCGGAAUGCGUGUUCAGCGAAGGUAGCUCUCUUUUAAAGCAUCUGUAUCACCAUGGCAACCGAGGCUAAACUCAUACCCUGGUCGGGACUAUGUUACGUCCAAGUUUUCAGCUUCAAAUCAGCUAUGGACGUGCCACUGUUUCACUGCUUGGUUAAUUAAUUCGGAGAUGGCGUCACCAUUUAUUGAGAACCUAUGAAGUUCCAGAGGAAAAUUGAAAAAAAGAGCAUUCCCUGAUGAUAUUAUCCAUCUAUAAGCGAGAUAGAUUGUCAGAUUGUCAGACGAAGAAAUACACUAGAUAUGCUCACACGAGCACCAGGAAUAAAAUGCAAUAUGAAAUAUUCAUAAUUAGGUUAACAUUAGCAGAUGUAAACGUCACCGCAGUCCUUGCGUGAGUACUCAUGUCAGCACUGCCAUCUGAUGGCCACAACGAGAUAGACAUACUUCAAAGAUUUGCAUAAAUACGUUUUUGCUCCAAUUUAUUAAUUUUUUUGAUGGAUAAGUGUUAAAAUGUCAAAGUUGUGCAAUAUAGUUACUAUAAUAAAAAAGCGUGAACCUGCGCAUUCACACGCUGCAUGCUGGCAUGCCAGCGUCCUCCUUCGCUGUAUUGGCAGCAGAAAAUGCAUCAGAGAAAACUAUUUGACAUCGCGCUGGGCAAAAAUGUAUACAGGAAGACUGGCGUACCAUUGUGUGUGAAACCGUACCCGUCAACCAUCCUGUUUUUCCCAGGAAACUACUGUAGGUUUGCCCUUCUUUACUUUGCCUAAUCGGUUUCCCAUAUUAUAUCCUUCAUGAAAAAAACAACAGCUCUGCUCAGCAACACUCUCAUAUUGGCACACAUCCUGUAGCUCUUAAAGUCAGUCCUUCAAAGUAAAAGAAGCACGCCAGGAGAAUAACACCAUUCCACCACAGUAGCCUGUUACAUUUUCAAAUGCAAUAUUGACAGACAAUAUAGCGCUGCUAAACACAACUUGGACAAGUAAGCAUAUGUUUGUAGUAAAUGUAAUUAUUUAUGUGAACAAUCUAGCAGGUUAUGGCACACCAGCAACGUACACGUCGCAGAUCAUUUAUGCUCCUUCACACUGAAAACAUGAAGACAACCUCACUGCCAACAUGCUAAUCCGCGAUAGGCAAGUCAUUGGUUUCAUGUUUAUUACUUGUAAUUAUGUAAGCAUUAUGUCAUUUAGGGUUUUAUCCGAUGGGUUCAUUUGUUCUUUGUCGUGAUUUGGCACCAAGGGAGAAAACUAAACAGAGUUGAUUAAAACACAACAAAGAGUGCUAGUGUGAAAGCACCCUCAAACUCUUGCUAGCUUAAGCUUUUUCAGAAAAAAGAAUUACAUUUCUGUAGUUGUUUGAGUUAAAAUAUACUGUAUGCUGUCGCUCUUGUUGGAAAAAACAAAUCAUACAAUAUGAGGAGAAAGGACAGCAGUGAGCUUGUGUAUUAUGUCAAUGCAUAGUCUUUUCUUUGGGAAAACAUGCUGUCUAUCUAGCUUUCAUUCCAUAUUUAUAAAGUGCCUGUCAAAAUGUCUCACACCAAAACUGGACUCCAUGUAGAAAAAAACAAACCCCGCAGGCCUUUAAUUUCAUUGACCAAGAUUGUUUUUUGUUUUGUUUUUUUAUGCACAAUAAAAGGUACACUAAAGUACUGUAUAUUUUACCACAGUGGAGGGACAACAACAACAAAUGGUUUACAGGAAUACAAUAGUUUAUCUAGUGCACGUUUUAUACCAGUGUUAUUUCUGGAAACUAUAUAUAUAUAUAUAUAUAUAUAUUUUUUUUUUUUUUUGUAUAAGUGUUCCAACCCUUCUAUUUAUCCACUUUUUGUAAUUGGCCGUGUUUUUUUAAAUGGUGCUUUUUGGACCACAACGACAUAUUACUUGUAGUGGCAAAUAACAUUGCUCUGAUAAAGACAUGAGAUAUCAAAUAACCUCAUUAAAACACUUUGAAGAUUCUCAUAAAUUGCUGUUGUUGUUCCUAGUAAGGAUCCAUCUUCUUAUGAUAGUAGAUUCAAGAAAUGAGAAGAACAUACAGUACAUUGCAGAGACGCAUGUCAUAAAUGUUUGAGCUUAUAUUUUUUAGUCCUGACAAGAGCUGUUGCGGUGACAUACCUCAAAAAGGGUGACAAUUGGUAUCAUUUUUCACAUCACAUCUGCCUUUCUUUGAGUUUUGACGUUAUCAGGUUAUUAGUCAAUGGAUUAAUAAAAUGUCACUUUUACAGCUCACAUAUUUAAAAAUGAAUGAACUGAUUUUUUUUUAGUAGUCACGUCACAAGUUUGUUUUUUGUACACGUAUCCACAUUUAUUGGCAAUAUGUACAUUAACUUCUAGCUAGAAGUUCGUAGUGUUAAUAUUUGGGUUUAUGCCGAAAGACUGACUGUAAACUAGCUAGGAAUAUUACCAAUAUAAUAUGCUUGACUCUUAAAAAAAUGCUUGAUUAAAAGAAGAAUGCAAUGACAGCUAAAUAAGAAAAAUAAGGAAUAUGAUUCUGGUGUAUUGUAGUUUUCUUAAGUUAUUUGGGAUUUUUGUUUUGAGAAAUGCUGAAUGUCAACAGCUGGUCUAGAUGGGAUCGCUGUAGAAAUAUGUAGCUCUCUCUCUUUAUUGACCACACUUGAGCAUUUGCUGUGUACAUACACUGUAUGUGCAUUUUGAAGGUGAUGAAAAACACACAAAAAUACAACAAUUUUGAAAAAAAAAUAAGGUGAGACCAGUCAUCCCAAGAGGGCUUUUAAAAAUGAUUGAGAUAUUUUUGUUUCAUCUUCUGACUGAUGUAGCUUGUAAAACAAGAUAUAAAUGCCCACUGUUUGUCAUAGACUUCACAAAUAAAUGUCUGAAUUUUCACACGGG